AUGGCCAACUGUAAUGGCAAUACUUCUGCCAAGGAGUUUUUGCUGGCCGGACUUCCAGCUCUCCAAAACUAUAAUAGCCUAUUAUUUGUUCUGUUCCUGUCAUUCUACCUGCUCAUAUUGACCGGCAAUUUAGCGAUCCUUUCUGUCAUUGUGGUGGAUGAAAAACUGCACAAGCCGAUGUACUUCUUCCUAAGCAACCUCUCCGUCUUAGACAUCCUGUUCACCACCACGACCGUUCCCAAAAUGCUGGCCAUAUUUCUGGUCGGCGCAAAAUCCAUUUCUCCCCGGGCUUACUUCCUGCAGAUGUAUUUCUUUCACAGCCUAACGGUGACCGAAGCGUUCCUCCUCGUCGUCAUGGCCUACGACCGUUAUGAAGCCAUUUGUAACCCGCUGCAUUACCUGGUCAAAAUGACGAGAAGAACGAAUAUCCAGCUGGCAGCCAGCGCGUGGCUGUUGGCUUUCACGGUUCCCGUCCCGGUCAUCAUCGAAACUUCUUAUUUAGGAUAUAGAGAAAGGACUUUAGUUUACCACUGCUUUUGUGACCACCUGGCUGUGGUCCGGGCAGCCUGUUCCAAUUCGGAUUCAAAUAUGCAGACGUUCAUCGGGUUUUCAAUUGCUAUGACAAUCUCCAUCACCCCGUUGAUCCUUGUGGUCGUAUCCUAUGUCCACAUCAUUCUCUCCGUCUUGAAGAUCAGUUCCAAAGAAGGACGCAGCAAGGCCUUUUCAACCUGCUCUUCGCACCUGAUUGUGGUCGGGACGUACUACUCUUCGAUUACUGUGGCCUAUGCCUCCUACCGAGCAAACAUGCCUGCCGAUAUUCAGGUCCUGAGCACGGUGACUUUUGCCAUUUUAACGCCAUUGUUAAACCCUCUCAUUUACACCCUGAGAAACAAGGAAGUCAAAAGCAUGCUCAAAAAGUACAUCUUGGUCCGAAUUCCCUCUGCUUUGCAAAAGAACCAUUUACUUUGA